CUGAUUUGAUCUUCUCUCUACCUUUUGAGUUUGUUUUGACAUUGUGGUCGUCAAUUGAAUUUUCUCAAGGAAGGAUUUUCUUCAAAACACGAAUUGCAAGUGGAAUGAUCACUUUAGUGUAUUUUGAAUACCUAGUGAUCAUAUGAUAUCCCUAUUUAUCACGAUCUCUCCCUCCCAAUCUUUCCCUGUUGCUGUCUAUCGAUUCUAUGCGCACAAUCUUUGCCUCUUCCGUUGAUAUUGACUGAAUAGGAAGUGAUCACAUUAAGUAUGGAAACUGAAGAUUUUAUUGAGUUAUCUUCUUCCAGCAAUUCUGGCUGUGAUAACAAGAAAAGAGAACCUCCUAACCCUGGCCAGGAGCCUGGAGAAGCUGAUUCUCAAACAAGUAAUUUAGAUGUUAAAAAAGACAAGCCGAAAGAGAAGGCUUUAGGGACUGAUGAGGCUGAUGUUGAAAAUGGAAGUGGCACAUUUUUUCCAGCAGCUGAGACAGACAGGGAUUUGAUUGGGAGUUCAGUUGUCAAGCAAGUUAGUGCUGAAGUGAAUGGAGAUCUUGCUGUUACUGAAGAGGUAAAUGACUUCAGUGCUAGAAUACCAACUGAGAAUGAUUGCUCUACAUUUCAAGCAGGAAGUCCCAUCGGACGUCAAAAAAGAGAUGGAAGUCCUGUAAUUGAGGCCAUAAUUGGUGUUAAGAAAGCCAGAAUGACAGUUGAUGAACAACAACAGCCUUCAGUGCAUGUGAUUUACAAUUCUCUAACAAGAGACAGUAAACACAAGCUUGAGGAACUACUACAGCAAUGGUCAGAAUGGCAUGCUCAACAUUGUUCACCAGCUCAUGAUUCCAUUGAUGUGCUAGAAUCUGGCCAAGAGACAUACUUCCCUGCACUUUGUGUUGGCCCUGAUAAUCUUUCUGCAGUGUCUUUCUGGAUGGACAACCAACCAAGGAAUCAACAGAAGGAGUUUAUUCCAUUGGAUAGUCAGUCUGUUCCACUUUAUGACCGGGGAUACUCAUUGGCCUUGACUUCAACAGAUAGUCCUAGUAAUCUGGAAGGGGGCUUGCAAUUAGAUUCUUUUCGGUGUUUCAACUGCGGUUCCUACAACCACACGCUAAGGGAUUGCCCAAAGCCUCGUGAUAAUGUGGCUGUUAAUAAUGCUCGCAAAGAACACAAAUCCAAGCGAAAUCAAAAUGCUAGCUCCCGCAAUCCAACUCGAUAUUAUCAAACUUCUCCGGGGGGAAAGUAUGAUGGUUUAAAGCCAGGUGUCCUUGAAGCAGAAACGCGACAGCUUUUAGGACUGGGGGAGCUUGAUCCACCUCCAUGGCUUAACAGAAUGCGAGAAAUAGGAUACCCCCCAGGAUAUCUAGAUCCCCAAGAUGAGGACCAGCCAUCGGGCAUUAUAAUAUUCACCGAAGAGGAUAGUAUGGAAGAAAAGGAGGAUGGGGAAAUCCUCGAAACAAACAUCCCUCAGCCACCUAGGAAGAUGAGUGUUAAGUUUCCAGGGGUAAACGCACCAAUUCCUGAAAAGGCAGAUGAAAAUCGAUGGGCAGCUGGGCCUUCAAGUUCGGAUUUAUCUAGGAAUCGAUCACAACGCAGGGGCCAGCAUCAUGAGCAGAGGCGAUCCAGAGAUUUCAGAGAUGAAGGCCCCCCUGGAGUCGACGACCCUGGAUUUAGCUAUUCCUCAUCUAGUUACUCAGAGAGGCAUGGUAGUUAUGAGCAUAGCUACAGUUUCCAGAGUGCAAGGGGUAAUAUUCUGAUACCAAGAAGCCCUAGCUAUGGAAGGUCCUUAUCUGACAGAGGUAGGAGCCAGUUAUACCGUGAAGGUUCUCCAGUUCAUGGUUCAUACGGUUCUGUACCAUAUUCACCCCCGAAUAGAGUGUUUUCGCCGCGUUCAUAUGGCUCGCCCAGUUUUGGGCGACGGGAAGACUACAACAGGAACGAUUCCGAACCAUAUCUGUCACCUCACCACCAUGAAAGGCAGCACAGCCACAACUGGAGGUAAGCAUUGGGGGUUCAUAAUGUUCAGGCCGUGCUGGGGAACUCAAGAUGGACUAUUCUUGAGAUGACAUUCCAUUCAUAAUGGGAGUAGAUACAAGAGGCUUAUUUGGAAAUAGUAAUUGAUAAUGAAAUUGUAUCUGUAUGAAGAUCAGAUAGGUAAUUACAAUAGUUGUGCCUUUUUUUUUUUUUUUUGCCUUAUAUCUUGCUGCUAUUAAUCUCAGGGGAUGAGUUACAUUAGGGGGCUUUAGUAGGGGCCUUGUAUCAUCUGUAGCAAGUAAAAUUGGUUGUUAGUAGGAAAGACUGGUUUUCAAAAUAUGAACAUUUGUAUGACACCAAAGCCAUAAACCAUGUUAGGCAAUGGAAUCGAACUAAUUUGUAUUGUGAAUAUGUUCCCGUUUGUUACAAACAAACCCAGCUAGAAAUAUUACAGUUUUGUCGU